GAAUGUAUUCAUUCUAUUGUCUAUAUGAUGGAGGCGUCACCCAUCACACGCAACAGACUCGAGCGUGCAUGAAGUCUCGUUCCUGAUCACGAAUCAAGUCCCAAGUCACGAGGUGCUCGAUACAAUGAAAAUGAAUGAUUCCGUGUUUUGUGUGUACAUCCUGCUCGCCACCACGCAUAUUUCACCGGUCGAAUGUUUCCCCUUCCCUUGCGACAGUUAACAUUAACAUUCCCUUGAUUUGACUUCACUUCACGCUUCACGCUUCACAUUUCACACUUCACACUUCCCACUUCCCUCACCCAUACACGCAGCACCACAAACCACAAACCGUAAAAUUGAACAUGGAUCCCCAAGACAUGGGUCCAUCUUCGGUUCUUUCCUACUCUGUGUGCAAAACGUCAUGGUCAAGGGUUCGGCGAAUCUCCAUCUCAAUCUCUUGUAAUCUCUGCAUCUGUGCGCACACUGACUGUACUGUGCUCUAUCCGCACAAUCGGAUCCAUCCCAAGAGGGAAAAAAGAAGAGGACGAAGGAGAAGAGGAGCUGUGGAUGGAUGGAUGGAUGGAUGGAUGGAUGGAUCGAUGGCACUUGAGAUAUCAUUAAUCAAUCCACACCAGACCGCCGCUGGUAUUGGGUAUUGGGUACACACACACACACAUACACCACCAUCCACACUACCUACCUGCAUCCCAUCCCAUCCCAUCCCAUCUCAUCCACCCCUCCCUCCGGACAUCGAAUUUCACAACACCAGUCGAUGGCUCACUAGUCUCCUAAUUAUCUACUUUCAUCCAUCCGUCCAAUAUACUUUCGUAGAGAUCGCAACGGCAUCCACAGCUGAGAACACUAAAACUCUGGUCGCAUUAUCCCCCCCCGUGUGCUUUUUUCGAUUUCUCUUCUUCAAAUAUAAUAAAACCUAUCCUAUCCUGUCCCAUCCGACUAGACUGCAACGACGACGACGAUAAAGAAGAAGGAGAAGAAGAUCAAAAGGCACUCUGAGAACCGAACCGUGGAAAUCGGAAUUCCAAAUCCAGUCGCUCAAGAAUACCCUCCCUCCCUCCCUUCCUUCCUUUUCCAUCGUUCAUUUCGCCUUUUACUUUUCCUUUUACUUUCCCUUGCCCUUGCCACCUAUUAUACUCGAGUUACCUACCUCCUACACACGUAGCCAUCUGUACCCUUCUCUCCCAGCACAACCUCGUCGUCCCUCGUUUCUUGCCUUGCACAUCUUCUCGUCUUCUGCAUCUGCAUUCCUGCAUUCCUGCAUUCACAGCCAAAAAAUAAUAAUUUGUGUUCGUACGACGUCGACCCAUCUCCCAAUCCCAUUCCAUCCAAUCCCAUCGCAUAUGUCUUGCAGUCCACCCACCCAGCGGGGUUAAUCUUUUGCAGAACAACGCGAAAACCGAAAACACCAGGCAGACAACAAAAGCGCCACACCACAUUCUCACCCCCCUCCCCCCUCCCUCGACUUAAAUCUCACGACCGCUGGCCCCAUAUCUCCCUACCUCAGGUUAUUGCAACAAGAGAGAAUACCACUCAGAGAGCGCAAUCAAUCGUCUGCAGAGCAUCUUUUCAAAAUUCUACUGCAGUCAGAGAUCCAUUUCUGCAACUAUCCGUCGACGCUACGCCUGGAUCAUUGGUAGCCUUACAGUACCAAGUAUCUAUCUGCACACUCGAGUUCGGACAUUUUGUUGAAGAUUUUAUUACUAAACCUUUCCAUAAAAAACGCUGACCAUAUCGAGAUCGAGUCCAUAAUUACAUUGCGGCGAAGUUCGAGUCAUCAUUCCUCCACUUUCUUCUCGCAUCAUUCGCUACAUACAUCGACCCUUCAAAUAAUUCACACGUUCAACAACGACACACCGCAAUAAUACUUUGAAUACCAAAAUACUCAAUAUGAGUGACCGAUACAACAGACACACACGACCACGGUCACCAACCUACAAUCCUGCGCGAGCAAGUCUCCCAGUCGAUUUGUCAUACAAUAAUCAUUCUUCGGGAUCACACACCCAUCACCAUGUCGUACCCUUAUCCCGACACGAAAACCCUCGAAGCAGCAGCUCAAGCUUCAAUUCUGCUCAUGUUCCCAUUACCACAACAACGUAUAAAGUCAAACCUGACCAUCGUACUGCUAGCCGCACUCGUAGCAACACGGUCGACUCUCGACCCAAUGCACACACUGUCUUCACAUCAAUUCCAAAGCAUCCCACGGUUGUGCACACUUCCGUUGUGAGACCUGCCAGCCCAUCCAUCAAGAAUCCAUAUCGCGCUAGCCAGGAGGAAUAUUACACAAUUCCAGCGUCGUCUCGAAGUUCUCAUCACCACAGCAGAUAUGCUUCUUUAGAUAAUGCCGAUAUGAACAGAUCCUCUAGAGACUCUCACGGGCACAGAGAACCGAGCCAUCUUCGAAUUGGUAUUCCUAGUAGCAGAGAUAUCCCAGGCUAUAUUCCUACCCCAUCAACUACCUCAUCAUACAUACCUACUCCAAUCACUGCAUCGUACUCGACUCCAGCAUCUACUCCAUCAUACGCUACCACCACAACUACCACCACCAAGCCUCGCGCGCCAGCAUACACAGCCAAUCUAGUACGACAUCCAGAUACAGUUGCAGACGACUAUGGAGAGGAUGGUUAUGGAUACACAAACCCCAAGGAUUUGGUGACGUAUGAUUUGAACAACAGUCAUCCACGGCAUGUGCGUAGGGAUAGUGUCGACAGCAGAUCUAGACCCGCUAGUGCUAGCAUGACCAACCCUCUUGGAUUCGGUGAAACGGUUCAAUCUCCAAGAUCUUAUGAUACCCGAGAGCGCGGUCCACCCCCAUCUACACGCGGUUUCGACAGAAUUCAAACGUGGGACCCUCAACCAGCUACCGCAAGAAUGCCCGUUCCCCAUGUCACGCCCAUUGAACCAAUUCAACGCCCAGUACGUAUGGAUCCACCCGCAGGUUAUGAGAGUGAUGGACCUCGACGACGAACUUCGACCAGGCGACCUGUUUCUAUGUACCAAGACAGAGAUAGCACCAGACAUGCCCCUACAGAUGAAUACUAUAGCUCAAGGGAGGAAGAAAUGCGAGAACGAAAACCACAUCACCGACAUGAGAGGUAUGAUGAUUCUGUUGAACAGCGUGGUUUUGGAUUGCGUCCUGAAAGAACAGAAAGACCUGCUAGUCGCGCCGAGAGACAAGAAAGACCUGCCAGUCGUGCUGAGAGAUCAGAAAGACCGGCUAGUAGAGCAGAAAGACCAGAGAGACCAGAGAGAAUUGAGAGACAUGAAAGGUCUGAUAGACAUGACAGAUCUCCAAGGAAUGAACGUGAGGAUGAUCGCCGCGAGAAGAAGUCUAGCACUCAUGAGAAGCUUGCCACAGGACUUAGCAUUGCCUCUGCCGCUCUUGGUCUUGGAGCUAUGGCAAAUACCAUGAAGCCUGACGAUCGUGAUGAUAGAGACGAUGAAAGGAGACGCAAGGAUUAUGGUGAUGAUUCACGCAGGAGACGUGAGCGUGGCGAUAAGGAGAUGGCGGACGUCUCAAAUGAACGUCGUCACACUGACUCCCGGGAUUCCUCUGAGUCCGAUAGACCAGAUCGCAAGGAAAGACGCGAGAGAAGCCAUCGCAACGAGAGAGAUUCUACUGAAUCGGUCGGUAGAGAACCUAAGGAGAGACAUCACAGAGACAGAGGCGAAGUCACACCACCAUUACCUCCUCGCCGCCGAGAAGAGGAUGAUAUGCCUGAAGCGAGGAAGGAAAGAAGCCGAGAAGAAAUGCCACCCGCUCCACGUGAUGUUGCUAGAGAUGACAAAGACAGACGUUCUCCAGACAAUGAUUUUGUUGACUUGAGUGGUCGAAAUCCCAAGGAAAGAUUAUCCUCACCGGAUGACCGUCCUCGUAGCGACGCAGCAACAACUGGCGCUACCAAUGAUAAUAAUUCAGACACGUCAGAUGAAGCAACAAACCGACAUCGCAGACCCAGACGUAUCUCUGGAGCUGCGGCUGCACCAUUCAAUCCAAGAGAUACCAUGGAUUUGAAGGCGUUGAAAGCUGCCCUUGCUGAUCAAGAUGCACCUGCCGACAAAGAGCCUGUGCCAGUAUUAGCACCUAAACAAUCUGCUCAAGAAUCUACACUAGCACCAUCCAACAAGCCAAUUGGUAGAAAGUCUAUCACCAAAGAUAUGAGUGAGGUUGCCGAAUUGAGAGCCGAACUCAACCGUGAAGAGCGAGGUCGUCGUGAAGAAUCAGCGCCUACCACGGGUGAAACCAAACAAGCACGAGUGGUUUCACCGCCAAGAGAAAAGGUUGAAGAGAAGCCUGAGAAGCCUGUCAUCAAAGGCAUUCUACGUCAACCACGUGAGAAGUUUCCAGAGGAUCCUUCUCCAAUUCGUGAAGGUGUUGCACCUUUGAAAGAUGCCAAAAAGGAUGGUGUCCCUGCAGAUGCGCGUUGGACCAAGAUUGCCAGAAAAUUGGUAAACCCCGCCGCUCUAGAGGUUGGAAAAGAACGAUUUGAAGCUCGGGAUGACUUCGUAAUUGUGCUUAGAGUGUUGAGUCGCGAAGAAAUUCAAGCUUACGCCACUGCCACUCAACAAAUUCGAGCCGCUAGAGAGGAAAGAGAAGAAGAGGCAGCUCGUGAACGUCGCCGCGCAAAACGUGAAGCCCGCGAAAGACGUAAUCGUAAACGAGAAGAAUAUGGCAGAAGUCGUCACCACUACAGCGAAUCGGAUACUUCUGAAUCUUAUGAAGAUGACAGGCCAAGAAUGUUAGAACAGGCUCCACCUGGUUCUAAUAAGCGACCUGUUUUUGGCGAUGAUGCAUUGAUGAGUGGUGGACUGAGUGAGAGAGACAGGGUUGAGGUUGGGAGAUAAUGGAAUGACGAAGUGGUUGAAAUGAAGCACUGUUAGCGAUCCUUGUUGGCAACGUUUACAUAGCGGUAUGUUAUCACGGCAUUUGAAUUUUCAAUCUCAGCAACUUGGAUUUCGGUUUCCGGGGGGAUUAAGGGAAUGGGAAUGAAUGAAUCGGGAGGGAACGGAAAAUAUAAGGAAUGGAGGGUAGCGGGAUCAUUUACUCAAAUAAUGAUAAGAGGGAGAUUUGUGUAAGAAAGUGGAAUCUUGUAGUAUAUAGAUGGGAGUACUCUUUUAAUGGCUAUGGAUGUGUAUGGAUUUGCUACUGGAUGGCUGGAUCUGAAGAGGCUCAAUAUUAGGAUGGGAGAAGUAGGAAGUGAGCGUGCGAGUGUUUGUGGGUGUACGUGCAUUAGCGGAGCGUGGCAUUUUUUGGAGAUGGUAAUUAUGAUGAUGAUGAUAAGAUAGAUGGGGGGAAUAAAUAGAUACCUAGAUAGAUACCUAUGUAGCUUGGAAUAGCUUGAUAUGAUAUGAGAUAUUAUGAUAUA